GCCAGUCAACGUCGCACAGCGCUACGUAUACUAACAUGACGCAAUGUGCAAUUCAAUAUGGGCUAGAAAAAUAUAUUUUGGGAUGCAGAGUUACGCAAUACAAACUAGAAUAUUCUUCUAGAAUUAAAUUGGCCCUUUUUGCCACACCUUUUCUCAACCUCAUAACCACACCAUACUCAGCAUGAGGACCAGAAAAGGAUGCUGGACUUGCUCUGAACGCCGCGUGGCCUGCGACGGCGGCAAACCCAACUGCGCAAAGUGUAUCCGAGGCAGCCGACAAUGUCAAGGUUACGACGCCAGACUAUCAUGGCCCAAAGCCGGCGACAAGAAGCGCAGCCUAGUUUCAUAUGUCCCGGUAACUAGGGUUCGUCGCGGGGCUAAGCUGCCCUUCAUCAACACGGCAGCGCAAGACCUACAACUGUACUAUUUCCCCGAAUUGGUAUAUAGGAUAAACCACUCCUUGUACAAGCAGCCUAGCCCAUGGCACGCCACAGAAAAGGCUGUCCCUGACGCAAUGGAUCUUAUUUCAUACUUUCGUGCUUAUGCCCACCCAGCACUGAAUACCUUUGUCGGCGAGUCACCUCCACUAAGAGACUUUCUAUUACGGCUCGCUUUGAGAGAUACAUCCACACCAGGCCGCGCCGUUCUCAACUCAAUCUUGGCACUCUCUGAACUUCACCGUGCGGGACGGACAGAUCGAGCCCUACAGCUCAAAGUCUUGGCUUUGCAGUACUUGAGUGCCGCUACAAAGCAAGGUUCUCUCACGAAUAUCGAAGCAGCGCAGGUGGUUGGGGCCUCGAUGGUACUUGGCGUGUUUGAUACUUUACAACCUUUCACACAGUCUGAUGAGUGGCUCUCUUAUACCAAAGGAGCGGCUAGGAUUGCCGUGGCAUCUGGCCUCAUGGAUGAUGGAAGCGACGAAACUAUGCAUCUAGUCAGCUGGGUUCAAUUUCACGACGUCUUGUCCGGGUUUCCGGCACGCCAGAAACAAAUCAAAUCGGAGUCGCCUACACCGGCGUCGCUUGUAUACCGCACACCGAUGGCAGUGUCACCGCUACGUCCACAAGAGGAUAUGCUGUCUCUACUAUCAGAAGUUUACGAGGCCGUACAAACCACAAGAGACGUUACGCCAGAAUAUGAAGAUCGUAUAUCCUUACUACAGCAGCGUGUAGAGCAACUUGCUGUCCCAGAGGCAGCGCGGACUUCAGACACGACGAUAGCAGUGGACGUCUGGCAAAAGGCCACGCAGAUAUAUCUUGCUAGAGCGACGCAAUCCGUCUGCCCAGCCGAUGACCUUGAUCAAUUAAUCGAAGAGGCAUUUCAGGGACCGAUACAAAAUUGCUCGUGUCCCCAUUUCUUUCCACUGUUUGUGGUAGCAUGCGAGGCGCGCACCGACGCUCGACGAACAGCCAUUCUUGACUUAAUCGACCGAGCAGAAAAGAGUGGCCUUGUGAGGAGCAAGCUGUGGCUGAAGGAUGUGAUUCAGGCAACGUGGGUACAGAUGGAUCUUCACGCUGAUGAUGAGGUUCUAGUUGACUAUAUUGGCACGAUAAGCCGAGUUAUCGGGUCUGCAGACGUGAUUCCCUCAUUUGCAUGAGACGAUCAACAUAAUAGACGGACGGAAUGGAAUCAAUGGACGGAUUGCAUGUACUAAUUCAUGCAAAUUUAUGUAUUCAUAGGCACAUGUUCAAGAAUGGCGGGCUAAUUGAUUACGUUUCACUGACUUUAA